GGCGUCCCUUCCAAAAACAAUCAGCAAAAACAUCAGAUGUCUUACCUAAGCCUGCAAAAUAAGAAACAAAUAAACUAUAACUUUUUAUUAUCGAGUUUGAACGAUCAUCCCAGUUUUCAAGGCAUAAAAAUGAAUGAACAAAAUCGGACUUCUUUAUAAUGAAUUUAGAAGAGUCAUAGAAGUAAAUAAAAUCGUCCUCACUCUCGUGCAAACAGUUGCUCCUACCUGGCUUGAUAAUGUAGAUAAGAAGAAUUUGUUCUUGCCGACACAAGUUGAUAAUGUUGGAUCUGAUUAAUAUGUAUAAAAGCAUAAUUUACAUAACCUACAUAGAAUAAUACAGAAGUAAAAGUAAUAAAAAAAGUGACGUCAAAUCAUGUUUGAUUAUUUAAUACGUAUUUAUAAUUAAUUUAUCGAGUAAUCAACAGUAUUUCUAUUUAAUUGAAUUUUCUAAUUUAAUUUAUUUAUAAUCAGACUUUUGAUUAUUUACAAAAUAAUAAAAUAGAAUUUUAGUAUACGAUUUUUAUUGUGAUCUGUCAAGUACAGCUGUAAAGUACACGUGUACACAAAGAAUGAAGUAAAAGUGAUAAAAAUAUUUUUCUAAAAUAUGCAUCGAUAUAUAUAUAGAAAUUAUGGAACACAUAUUACUAUUAAUUAAAAAAUAUUGAUAGCUUCGUAUCUGGCAUAUGAAGCUUAUCAUAUAAUUUUUCUUGCGGUAUUGUUACACCCGUUGCAGGAAGUAUGGUAAUUACCCCUAUGGUUGAUUAACAACUUGCUGAUGAUAACGAUAUCUCUAGUCUCAUUUACAUGUUAAGCAGCUUUAUUCCUUCAAGCACAUUGGUUGUAAGAUAUUGUCAUUAACUUAGUGGAUUGUAAAAACAAAAAAAUCAACAAAUUAAAAAUAGAAAGAGUUAAAAACAUUUGUGCCAAGUGGCACAUGUUGUCAGUUGAACUUGAUCAGUUCUCGUAGACAUUCCAUGAAUAUUAGGAAUAAUUUUAUUCCUUGAUGAGAUUUCUUUGGUAAUUGAAUUGAAUAUUUAAUAUAAUGAUGUCAUUAAUCAACAUUGAAUGGCUUCUUUUAUCAAUGGUAAUUUUUUUUGUGGACUGUCAAGCCGAUUAUCCUGAUGAUUGGACAAGCCAAAGAGAGCCAGUAUGUCCUCAUCUUUAUCCACAUAUUUUUACAAGUUAUACUCCUAGAAGUAAUUGGACUUAUGGAAAAUUUACUCCAAAACCUGAAAUUUCGAGUACAAAACAGUGUGUAUUAUCUUGUUGUUCGGAACCACGAUGUCAUGUAGCGUUAACAUUUAACAGUACGUGCUAUCAUGUAGAGUGUAAAUUUUCGAAAAUGUGUGUACCUGUUUAUCGGCCAGAUCUCGCAAAUUUACCUGAUCCACCAAGAAUGGUUUUAGUUAAACCGAUUGAACGUGACGUCAGUUGGGGAGAUAUCAUCAAUCAAUUAAAUUACGAGUCUAAUCCUACGCUUAUUGAUAUAGCUGAGAGAGAUAAUUUAAUGCUCAAAAUCUCUUGUUUAGGCAAUUCUGACUGUCAAGAGGCUCAAAUUUGUGUAAAGCGUAACGAUGUGGAUGACAAAAAUGAUGAUGGAGUUUGUGAAGAUGUUACACCCGAGUUUGAAAUGGAUACAGAUGCUAAGUCUAGCAUUAAAGAAUCUACUCCAACUAAUCCACCGGUGAAAAAACAACUUGUUGUAUCAGCGGUAUCGAAAGAAGUUCGUUUACCUGACAAUCAAGCUACUUUAUCUGCAUUUACUUUUCCCGCAGAACAAGGAAAUGAACACUACAAUUAUGCUUGGAGUUUAUUGAGCCAACCAGAGGGACAUACUGGAGUGAUGACUGAUCAAAAUCGUCCUACGUUAAAACUGAGUAAGUUAUCUGAAGGAUUAUAUAAAUUUCGAGUAACUGUAACAGGCUCUGAUGCUUCUGGAGAAGCUUAUGCUAAUGUUAGUGUACUUCCGCCGAAAAGAAUCAAUAAACCACCAAUUGCCAUAAUCACUCCGGCUUCUCAAAUUGUUAAAUUACCUAAUACUGGGGCAGUCCUUGAUGGAUCAUCAAGUACUGAUGAUGACCAAGUUAUUUCUUAUCAUUGGGAACUGCAACAAGGACCCAUAGGAUAUCAACCGAACCUUGUUGAUACACCAACCCUGCAAUUAGAUAACCUUAUCGCCGGAAACUACACAUUUAAAUUAACUGUUCAAGAUUCUGAUCAUGUCACGAAUUAUACUACUGCCAAUAUAACAGUUUUAAAAUUAACAGACUAUCCACCUAGUGCGAAUGCGGGACAGGAUAUAAUCAUUUAUCUUCCUCAGAAUACCAUUACGUUAAAUGGAAAUCUUAGUACUGAUGACCAUGGGAUUACAAGUUGGGUAUGGACUAAAAGUCCUUCUGAUGAAAACAAAGCAGUUGAUAUGCAGAACACGCGAACUCCUUACUUACAGUUAUCUAAUCUAGAGGAAGGAAUGUAUACAUUUGUUCUGAAAGUUACUGACGAAUCAGAACAAUAUUCUACCGCAGAAGUUCAUGUCUUUGUUAAACCACCCACCAAUAAACCACCUACAGCUGAUGCUGGAAAAAAUAUUACCAUUGCCUUACCACAAACCCGGGUUGUUUUGAAUGGAGAAAAUAGUAAAGAUGAUAUUAAACUUGUUUCUUACCACUGGGAACAAUUAACUGGUCCCAAUAAAGUAGAAUUUACGUCUGCCAAUAAAUCUUCAACUAAUGUUACCAAUUUAACAAAAGGAAUUUACACGUUUAAAUUAACUGUUAUUGAUGAUAAUGGAAAUAAGGAUUCAGAUACAGUCACUGUUGAAGUGACACAAAAUAAAAAUGCACCACCAAAAGCUAAUGCUGGUGGAGAUCAAGUAGUUAUUUCUCCUAUAAGUGCCUUGGUCAUAAAUGGAUCUAGAUCAACUGAUGAUUUAAAAAUUGUCCAGUGGUUAUGGACAAGAGAUCCUUCGAGUUUAGCCAUCGGUAAAAUUAUUGAUGGAACUGAUCACUCACCAAUUCUAAUGGUUACUGAUAUUAUUCCUGGUCGAUAUGUUUUUAAAUUGAAAGUAACUGAUGAUCAAGGAUUAAGUAGUGAAGAUACAGUAUCUGUUAUUGUAAAACCUGAUCCAGAGCUUCUUAAUCUAGUUGAGUUGACUUUAAAUAUUGGGGCGCAUUUAUUAAUUGAAGCACAGAAGAAUACUUUGGUAGUCAAAUUACAAAUGUUAUUGAGAGAAGAAGCAACGAUUGUAGUUCGAGAUUUGAAGGCUGAACAACAUACAGGACGUGCCUGCUUAAUAUUUUAUGUUCAGAAGAAGGAUCAGAAAUCAUCAAUGACAGGAAGAGAUGUUGUUGAUAGAUUGAAAGAGAAAUUAAAACAGGAUUCAGGUCUUCUUCAACUAUCUGUAACUUCACUUGAUACUGUUAUUUGUCAAAACAACUGUUCGAAUCAUGGUGUUUGUGAUGAAGAAACACGGCAAUGUUUAUGUGAAGCUUUUUGGAUGCAAAAUCUUAUCCAGAAAUAUUUUGGAAAUGGUGAAGCUAAUUGUGAAUGGAGUAUUUUAUAUGUCAUUAUAGCACUUCUCUCACUAGUAAUUUGUUGGAUUGGUUUAGUCUGGGGAAUUAUUUGUCUGUGUCAACGAAUGUGUGGUGGAAAAAAUCGUUCAAGGUUUAAAAAGAAAAAUCGUUACUCUCUUCUUCAAUCACAAAAUGUAGAUGAUAAUGAGCACAACACGUUUUCACCGCGCAAAAUGGCUUUGUCCGAAACAGACACUGAAUCAGAUGAUGUUCUAUUUGAACAUCGCAGACUUAAUAAAAAUAUGGAUCUUAACUACAAAAAUGGAAAAGUCAGAAAUGGUUUCGUGAAAACUGGAUCAAGAAUUAAAGCAUAAAGAGAAUUAUAAGGUGUAAUAUUUUUGAUUAAUUUUUAAAGUACCUACUUUUAGAUUAUUUUAUAUUUUAAAGCGCUUUUAUGUAAAAUUUUUAUCAUUAUAAAUGAUGAAAAAUUUUUAAAUAACUAUUCCAUACUUUACAUCUUGGAAAGAUGAAGGUCAUAGAUUUUUGCCUAUAAAAGUAUAUAAAAUACUUACUAGUCUUUUUUGUGGCUGUUAAAAUACUUUUACAUUAAAAAAUAGUCAAUUUAUAUUAAUAUUCACAAAUACAACCAUUGUUUCACCAAUAUCUUGUAUAAAUAUGAAAUGAGAAAAUUAUCGAAAUAUACCAAAUUAUUUCUUACUGUAAA